AUGACUUCGAAACGCAGUUCACGACUCUUCGUGGACGAGCCCACGCAUACCAAAGAAGGCCAACAAACACCCAACGCCACACAAUUCCGUUCGAGACAGGGCUCUCGAAGCUCCACAAGAGAAGAGACGAUGCAGGAAGUAGAGGAAGCCCUCUUCAAUGGCCGCGAUGCCACAAAUAUCAGCCGAUCUGGGAGCCUUUCUGCCGUCAAUAUGGAAGCAUCCCUAUCAACCUCUUCAAGAACUAGUAAUUCGAGUGCCUCCUCAACAUCGGCAUAUCAAUCACAGUCAACCGACUACACAGCGCCUUUCAAUGGCCGACCUCACAAUUUUGGCGUUGUCAUUCCAGGCUUUUACCGAAGUAGCUUUCCUAGGUCUCACGAUUUCGAGUACCUCAAGGGUCUGGGCCUCAAGACCAUUGUCACGCUUGUCAAGAAGGAUGAACUUGAUCAAGAUCUCGAGACAUUCGUCCAGCGUGAAGGUAUUCGACAAGUCGUCUUCAACAUGAAAGGCACCAAGAAGGAAGCCAUUCCUCUGAGCACAAUGAAGGCUAUCCUCAGUAUCGUCCUCGACAAGUCAAAUUACCCUCUGUUGAUUCACUGCAAUCACGGAAAGCACCGAACUGGAUGCGUUGUCGGAGUUGUCCGAAAGAUCGCCGGCUGGGACGCCGAGAGCGUCGUGGCAGAGUACAAGAGCUACGCUGAGCCAAAGGCCCGUGAAUGCGAUGUCAACUAUCUUGAUGACUUCCAGGUCUCGAGUUUGGGAAUUUCGAAUCCCAUUCCCAGCAUGAUAAAAGACGUCUACAAAAAUCGCAGUCGGUUUCAACCUCGCACAUUUUUUCGAGCCGUCUUCCUCUCAGCCUUCGUCUUGCUGUUGUUCUUCAUGUCAGGAUCAAAACUCAGCACAGCGACAAGACCUGACCAUCUGCUUCUCUGA